CAACCCAACUCCCCCGCGUCCGCUGGUGGACCCCUCCAGAUGGCAUCGCCCGACCGCGUGAACCAGCGCCGCGACAUCUUUGCCAGCGUUCGCCCGGUAGCCGGAGACGGAGGCCGCGACAGCACGGUGCACGACAAGAUCAGCCAGUUUAACAGCCUCAGCAUGAGCAUGCAGUCCCGGCAGCUGGAGCGCAAGAGCGCCGAUGCGGCGCUUAAGCGAGCCAUGUUGGGGCGCGAAGAGGCCGAGGCCGAGAUGAAGCGCCUGAAGGAGGAGGCGCGAGUCUUGCGGCAGGAAAUCGAGGAGGGCAAGGAGCGGGAGAGGAGAGUUGGCGAGCGAUUGGAAACCAUCAUGGAAAACUAUGGACGCGCCAAGGAGACACAUGCACACACCGAGGCUCUCUGGGAAAAGGAAAUCAGACGUGCGAGAAAAGAAAAUUUCAAAGCCCAGUCGACCAUUGUCAAACUCCAGGAGGAUCUCAAAAACACCCGCGCCGCAACCAAAUUGACUGCUCAAGAGUCACUGCUUAAGGAGAAGGAAAAGACUCGCGCUCAAGAGCAUGAAAUUUUCGAAGCGAAAUACCAAGUUAGCAGCUUACAAGAUCAGCUCGAGCAAGCACUUGAGCGGAUGAAGCUGGUGGAACAGGAGCGAGAUGCCUACAAGACUGCCGCCAAGAACGAGGAAGUUGCGCGUCUUGCUGCAGAGGGACGCAUUCCUCUGCCUGCGGAGGAAUCCGAUAACGAGUUUGCGUCUCCCCCAAGAAAGAGAAGAAUUGGAUCGACAAUUAGGUGCAAAGACCCCCGCGUCUCUCUCUCCACCAUGGAAGUCGUCUCGUCGGCUUCUCUUGAGCUAGAGCUCGAGGACCUUAGUGAGCAGGUGCAGUGGGAAAGGCAGAGAGCCGACCGAGCUCAAGAAAUGAUUGAGUUUAUGCAGGCCGAGUGCCAGAUGCACUGCUGCCCUGCCUCCAAGUCUAAACGCCGAACUAGCAUGUUGGCCAUGCAGCUCCCUCGCGCUUCUCCUCAAAAGUCGAGGCUUUCUUUGGAGGCCACCAUCCAGGAAGAGAGGAGCGCACCUCCUGAACAUGCCCCCUCGCCCGCCCAGCAGCAGGAGUUGAAGCCGGCAAAGGUGAGGAAGGGCGCAAGGCGGAGCACCGUCUUUUUGCCCCAGGAGGGCGUCUUCCGCACGGUAUCCGAGCAAGAGGCCAUUGAGCUAGAAGCUCAGCGCAAGGCGGAGAUUGUGAUUGAGGCUCACGAAGAGACUGAGCCGGAGUUGUCUCCCUCCAAAGGAAAACAAGAGGCACAUCAACGUACGUUUGCGAGAACACCACCUGUCGAGCCUUCAGCCUAUGAUUUUGCCCCAAGCAGAGCAUCCCUGAUGUCGCUCAUCGACACUCCGCGAAUGAACGCUCAAGCUGACUCUCUGCCAAAUUUGCAUAGCAUCCCGACGGUUUCUGACCACAACUCCGCACAAGAGGGCUUGCCUCAGAAACGUCCAUCUGCUGGCUCGUCUCGGUCUUCUUCAAAAGCCGUCUAUACUGUGACGACUACAGUCCCACUUCAAGACGAACGAUCCUCCAGCUCAACUUUCAGCCAGAGAAUGCGAACGGCAUCCAGCAGCAGCAGCGCGAGCUUCGACACGACUGAUCCGGCAAUGGACCCCACUAUGACUCGCGAAGAAGCCCUGGCCAAGAUCCAGGAGAGGAGAGGACGUGCUAGGAGUGUGACCAGAGGCACGGCUCCAUCGCAGAGCCGGCCAGCGUCUGCUAUGAGCCGA